UAGGCAGUGAGCUAGGCUGAAUCACAUUUUAAUGUAAUAAUAACAAAAUUUCCGUUUCUUUUAUAUAUGAUUGCUUUUGAAGGUACCGCUGGUAACAGACGAGUGCACUCAAAAUCUUAGUAGUUGCAUAGAAUAACAAGAGACCAAAUGGCCAAUGUAGUCGUGAACACAACCUCGCCAAUGGCCGGCCGCCGUCUGGUGCGGGAUGUGAAUAGGCUGUUGGUCGCGGGCUAUCACACAAUCGUUGACGACGACAUGAGCAACUUGGAUGUGCGUCUGGAGGGGCCAAUGGGCACUGCCUAUGAGGGCGGCGUUUGGACAGUGAAUGUUGCAAUGCCGCAGGAGUAUCCGCUGAAGGCGCCUCGCCUGCGUUUUGUUACCAAAAUAUUGCAUCCGAACAUUGAGUUCACCACGGGUCUGGUGUGCAUGAAUGUCUUCAAGCAGGCCUGGUCGGCCAAUUACGAUUUGCUGAACAUAUUCGAAACGUUUCUGCCGCAACUGCUGCGUCACCCGAAUCCGCACGAUCCGUUGAACCAUCAUGCCGCUGCAAUUAUGAAGCAAUCAGAGAAGGACUUUCGCGAUAGGGUGAGCAUGUUUCUCAAAAUGUAUGCACUGCCAAUUGUGCUGCCAGGUCAGUCCAAGGAUAAUGAAAGUCUGGACAAGCGCUCGUCGGACUUGAGCUUGUCCGAUCUGCUGUCUGAUAAUGAUGCUGAUGACGAUUAACGUCUGGCUGGUCUUUUGUGUAUUUUAUAAGUCUACAAUAGUUUCGUUUUGCUUUGAAUGCUGUCUUUAAUAAGUAGAAUAAAAAAAUUGAUAAAGCAAAGACAUA